UUAUAACUGGUUUAUCUAUACGUGAAAAUAUCCCUUUGUUAGGGUUUGAGAAUCGCGUGGGUAUGGAUUUUUAAGUAGAAGCUAAAUCCCGUGUGAGCAGAUUUUCCGAUAAGCAACUAAUUAUCAUUGAAAAUGGCUGAACCAAUAUGGAGUGAAGAUAUACUACGGAAACUUGAUAUAAGAGAUGUAUAUGAAAAGAAGGAUUCCCACUAUUUCAAAGCGUUUGCCAAAUUAAGUCAAGUUUGUAAUAAUCAAGAGAAAAUAAGAUCUAACUCACCAUCACCAUCGUUAACUGGGAUUGAAGAUGAAACUAGACAAAAUAUAAAUAAUCAAUUGAACGAACAAAUUGAAUUGCUAAAGUUGGAGAAUGAAUCAGUGAUCAGCAGCUUGAACCAAUCUACAAUAAAUAUCGAAAAAUAUGAAAUAAAGGAGAAGAAAAUGAAUAGGGUAAAUGAACAAUUAGAAUCAAAGAUUAGUAAUUUGACUCAAAAGAUCAAUAAUUUACAAGAGGAGAUUAAAGAAAAGAAUAAAACAAUUGAGAUAAUCAAUGAUGAAAAUUUAAUAAAUCAAAUUCAAAAUAACGUAUUAAACGAUCAAAUAAAACAAUUGAAGAACGAAAAUGAAACAUUGAUAAAAAGAUGGAUGGAUAAGGUUAAGGAAGAUGCAGAGAAACUCAACGAUGCCAAUCAAUUCUUAGAGACAACCAAGAACAAAAGUACAAAUGAUAAUUAACAAAAGUAUGAAAAAUUAAAUUCAACUAUAAAACAUGACUCAUAAGAAAAAGAGGAUUAAAAUAAAAAAGUUUAUAAAAGUGAAAUAUGUAAGAUUAUUUAGUAGUAUCAACAACGUAUCUACCCAAGAUUUUACCUUGUUCCAUUAAUUUAUAAAUGUGUGGUAAUUCGGAAAGACCAACGAUUUUAAUUGGACAACUAACCAAACCUCUAGA